AGCUAAUCUCAGUGACACAAGCAGCUCCUGUCUCAGUGGAAAAAUACAGCAGGGAAGUGGUAUACUUUGGAUCAUUACCAGAUUCAAGUUCUUCAAGUUAGAUGGAAUGCCGUGUAGACCAAUCCAACAUAGGUUAUAGAGGGGCCAGAGGAAACCAUAGCUACUUUGUUGUUUGUGUAGUGAGCCUGCACAACACCCAUCUGAGAGGAAUACUGAUCAGUUUGCUGUAACCAGCUCUUGGGGGAGGGGGCUUUGUGAUGGAGGGGGAAUUCCUCAAAGCAAACAGCCUUGAGACGCCUGGUCAGGAUAAGAGUCUGGUGAAGAAGACUCAGCUGUUGGACCGUGGCCAGUGGGCAAGCAAGUUAGAGUUUUUACUGGCUGUGGCAGGAACUCUGGUUGGACUGGGAAACCUCUGGAGGUUCCCAUAUUUGUGCUACAAAAAUGGAGGAGGUGCAUUUUUGGUUCCAUAUGUUUUGUUUCUGCUUGCUUGUGGUAUCCCAAUGUUCCUUCUGGAGACGGCCAUGGGACAGUUCACAUCUCAAGGGUGCAUCACCUGCUGGAGACACUUUUGUCCCUUGUUUGAAGGGAUUGGUUACGCUACCCAGGUUGUGAUUGCAUAUGCCGCUGUGUCAUACAUCGUCAUCCAGGCAUGGGCGUUUUUCUACCUCUUCUCGUCCUUCAGUGCUGAGGUUCCGUGGGCCAGCUGCAGAAACACCUGGAACACAGAGUCUUGUGUUGAAUUUGACAAAAAAAAUGCAUCAUCCAAUUGGACAGCACCUACGAACGCAACAACACCUGCAACAGAAUUCUGGGAGAGACGAGUACUGGGUAUAUCUCAGGGGAUUGAAGAGAUUGGUAGCCUGAGGUGGGAGUUGGCCUUGUGUCUCUUACUGGCGUGGAUCCUGUGUUACUUCUGUGUUUGGAAAGGAGUGAGAUCCACUGGAAAGGUAGUUUACUUUACAGCCACUUUCCCCUACGUGAUGCUGGUGGUUCUGCUGGCCCGUGGACUCACUUUACCAGGAGCUAUGAAGGGCUUAGCUUUCUACCUGUAUCCUGACCCGACAAGGUUGGUGGACCCUCAAGUCUGGAUGGAUGCAGGGGCACAAGUUCUUUUCUCUUUUGGGAUUUGUCAGGGGAGUUUGACAGCUCUUGGCAGUUACAAUCAGUUUAACAAUGAUUGUUACAAGGACACAUUUGUUCUGUGCUUGGUGAAUGGUGGGUCGAGUUUUGUGGCAGGGUUUGCAAUCUUUUCAGUUUUGGGUUUUAUGUCAUAUGAACAAGGACUACCAAUAUCUGAAGUGGCUGCUUCUGGACCUGGCUUGGCAUUUAUUGCCUAUCCACGUGCAGUAGCCAUGAUGCCUUUACCUCAGUUAUGGGCGAUAUGUUUCUUCAUCAUGGUCAUCUUAUUGGGUGCAGACACACAGUUUGUGAGUCUGGAGUGCCUGAUGACCUCUGUGACAGACAUGUUCCCGACUGUGUUUCGAAGAGCUUAUCGUCGAGAACUGCUGCUGCUUUGCCUCUGCUCUGUUUGCUUCUUUCUCGGCCUCCUUCUCGUCACAGAGGGAGGCUUGUAUUUCCUCCAACUUUUUGAUCAUUACGUUUGCAGUGGAAACAAUCUUCUCCUUCUUUCCGUGUUUCAGUCCAUAGCAAUUGGAUGGAUAUAUGGUGCAGAUCGUCUCUAUGACAACAUUGAAGACAUGAUAGGUUAUCGUCCAUGGCCAUUAAUGAAGAUUUGCUGGCUUUUCGUUACCCCCAUUGUUUGCAUGGGUACCUUCAUCUUUUCCGUGGUUAAGUACAAGCCUCUCAAAUUCAACAAGACCUACAUCUACCCUACCUGGGCCUAUGCUUUGGGCUGGUUUCUUGGACUGCUUUGUGUUCUCCUGGUUCCUCUGUGGAUCAUCUUUAAAGUGACUCAGAUGAAAGGGACAGUAUGGCAGAAUCUCAGGCAGCUUUGUAACCCUGACACCAAGACACACAACACAGCAAAGCAACCUGAGCAAUGCCCUUUGAACCCAGAUAACGCUCUUACUCCUGCUGCCAGUGAAUACAAGGCAAAUGGUGGAGCUGAGAUGGAGAUGCAAAUGUAAUGCGUUUUUGAUACUGUUUUGAAUAUGAUGUUUUUAUUUUAAACUUUUUCAACAGGUUUUUACAAACUAGUAAAGGAGCUGAUGAACAAUAAAUUCUCAAUAAAGACUUCCAUCUCUACAGAGUUUCCAUAUCAGAUCUCCAACCUGCACAAUAAACAGUGAGAUUUGUGUCACUGUAAAAUGUCUCUGCUGUAGACCUACAUUGUAAACUUACAGUAUUGACAAUACAAAGAUUAUAAUGUUUUUAAAGUUAUUUUCAGUUAAAGCAAACGUUUAAAGUGAUGUUUUCCUCUAUGGAGGAUCGGGAGAUACCAGUGUUUAUUAUCACUGCCUGUCUUACUUUCACAAUGAUGACAAAGUAAAUUUUACAAAAAUC